AUGUCGCACGCAUCGACCUUUGCCGCGGGUGAGCUGCCCAUCCGCGUCCUCACGUUCAAUCUCUGGGGCAUCUUCAAUUCGAGGAUGCGUGAGGCGCGCAUGAAGGUCUUCGCCACGAAGAUCGAGCACUACGAUGUCAUUCUGCUACAGGAGCAGUUCUCCGUCGAGGAUUUCGACCUCAUCUUCCAGAACGCCUCGCCGGUGGUGCAGCGGACGUACACCUUUCGUCGGUUCUGCAGCUCCUUCUACGGCUCCGGCUGCGCCGUCAUCUCACGCUACCCCAUCAGCCAGGCCUUUUUCCACACUUUCCCCCUCCAGGGCUACCCAGAGAUGGUCCUUCACGGAGACUUCUUUGCGAACAAGGGGGCGGCCAUGGUCCGGGUGAUGGUGCCGGUGACGAUGGCGGAUGGCGGCGCCGCCAAGGCACAGGAGGUGACCCUCUACACCACUCACCUCGUCGCCGUAUACGAAAAGGUUAGUCAGCUGUCCUCGUGGAGGCGCGAGCGCUACCUUCCCUUCCGCAUCUCGCAGGCGAUCUCGUUCGCCGAUUUCAUCGUAAGCACCUCGCGUCCGACCGACCCCAUCAUCAUCGGCGGCGACUUCAACUGCUCUCAGCGCUCGCUCGAGGUGCAGAUGAUGCUGAUCCUGCUCAAGCGGUACGGGUACGACAUGCACUCCGUCUUACCUCCGCCGCGGGCGCUGCGGGAUGCAGCGGCGGCGGAGCAGGAGCGCGAGGUCGGGCAGCGGUUCUUCACGUAUUCGGACCGUAACACCUUCAACUCGAUGAAGACGUCGUACUUCAAGCUGCUCAAGCUGGAGGCCGACAUCCCCUCGCAGAUCGAUCACAUGUUCUUCUCUCGUCCAGCCUUCGCGCUGCUCCAGUUUGCCGACUGCCCGGACGUCGCCGAUGGCUACCCGUGCGUCUUGCAAGACGCACCGAACGGGCUCGUCGUCUUUACCAAAAAUGAGGUUCACGUCCCACCGCACUCGGCGUGGUACGGGUCUCUGUGGCACCAGCUGUUCAGCGGCAAGCGCGUGCCACGCGGCGCCAAUGCGACCGGGCAGCUAGCGAAGCUGAGGUGCAAGGCGGCGUCAUCGACUGAAGGGCAGAGCGCGGACGACGCAGCCCACUACUACCCCAUGUCGGACCACUUUGGAGUGGCAGCGUUACUUGGUAUGCGUGUGGAAAAGGUGGACUCAACGACGGCCAUGAUUUGCUCUAGCGCUGGGACGGGCGGCACGGCCGCGUUGGCACUCACCCCUGAGGAGGCGCGGGCUGUCCAGACGGUAGUGGCCUUCUUGGAGGACUACGUGCGCAAGCUCCGCUCACAGGCCAAGACAGCACGCUACAUGGCGGUGUUUUCGCUGCUGUUGGUGGCGACGAACAUCUGGGUCCUUCGGCGACUGAGCGCGAAGGAGGAGGCUCGCUCAGCGGCGGUACUGGAGCGCAUAUACGACAUGGCAGCCGCCGCUACCCGUGAUACGGCAAUGGUGGUGCAGCCGGGCAAGGGGCUCGAGUCCAUAAAGCAUGGAUUUAACACGGCGAAGGACUGGGUGAAUAACCAGGCGCACUUGACGCUGCACAUCGUGAGCAAAUUCACGGGCGGAACCCCAGCGCCCGGCAUCAACGCCUGCGACACACCGGAGGGGUCCAAGCAGCCUGCCGCUAACGUGGCCGAUCCGUCAGAACCCGUGCCGAGGACCGUCCCCGCGUCCACCACAGCUACUACGGCCAAGAGGGCCACAACCACACCAGAGGGUGAUGCUGCUGCGCGUCCGGACUUCCGUGCCAUCGCGGAGGCGCUGACGGUGCGUCCAUUGUAUGCCUCCGCGUGGGUCUCCUCCGCGUUCAACAUUACCGCCGCCGUUGUGGGCACCGUGUCCUUCGCGAUUGGUGUGUUUCAGCGCGCCGGUAACGCCAAUGUUCUCGAGGAACAAGCGCAUCAGCUGAAGAAGUUGUAG